AUGACCGGCCCAGCGACCACCGAACUUAAUCAGACAAGAAUUCCCGUUUACAUGAGUCACUUGCCGGCCGGUACAUCGAUGGCGAACGUUUUGCACUGGGCGCAAAUGGUGAACAGCAAAAUGACGCAAAUGUACGAUUACGGUUCGACGAGCAAAAAUAUGAAACAUUACAAUUCGAGCUCACCGCCGCUGUACAACUUAUCACGAGUGAAUGCGCCGGUGUAUCUUUACUGGAGCGAUAAAGACUGGUUAGCUGACAAACAAGAUAUCAAAGUAAUCAUUCCCAUUCAUUUUUACCACACCAGCUGAGC